AUGACGAUGUUUAAAGAAGAAAAACCUGUUCUACAGAAAUUGCUCGAGCAUAAUGAAAGUAGAAUUGCAAUCACUACUGAUAUGUGGACUGCAACCAACCAGAAGUUUUGCUAUGUGCCAUGUCCUCAUAUUGAAGGUGUUAUUGUAAAGGUAUUGAUGGAUUGUUUGUCUCAAUAUUGUUUAGAAAAUAAAAUAUCUACUGUUGUUGUUGAUAAUGCCACUACUAAUGAUGCAAUGAUGAAGAUUUUAAUGGAUAAGUUUGAGAAAAGGUCUUUGAUGCUUAAGGGUGAUCUUUUACAUUUGCGUUGUAGUGCUCACAUAUUGAGCCUAAUAGUUCAAGAUGGAUUAGGGGUUAUUAGUUCUGCAAUUGAAAAAGUUCGUGAUUGUGUGUCUUUUUGGAUCCCAACUCCUAAAAGAAUUGAAAAUUUUGAGGCUUGUCGUUUUUUGGACUAA